AUGGAAGUGAAAAAGCCCGGAGGGACAUCUGGUCCUGUCCCCGCGCUGUUUGCCCGAUGGCGAGUGGCACUUCGCCCCCGUGGCCCCGCCGGAAUUGGGGAUGAGGGGUUCUUCUACCGCUUUGGGGGGCGCCGCGCUCGUCCGCGUUACCGGAACGGUGGCAGCCGGGCAGGCAGCGAUGUCUCACCGCAGCCUUUAUCAGCCUUUGGCGAGCACCGAGGGCCGAAGCGCGGACCCUUCCCCUCCUCGGGCUCUCCCCGCGCCGGUUCCCCGGGCCUCGCGGCCGUGCCGGCGGCCGGUGCGGCGGAGAGCGCUGCGCUCACCUGCCCACCCCGGGGCUCGGCGCGCUUGUUUGACCCACCGCAGCCACCGUACACGCGUGAGAGGGGCGGGCACACGCGGCGGAGGCUCCUCCUCCUCCUCCUUCCACCGCCUCCGGACCGAGGGGAAGGGUGGGAGCUGCCCGGCCGCGGUGACGGGGCUCCCCCUUUAGGCGCCCGGCAGUGGCCUCAGCUCUGCCUUCCCACAGGUGCCUCCAAGGGCGACAUCCGGCAGAAGGUGUGGGACUACCUGGAGGCUAGCGGCCUGGCCGAUUUCCCGCGGCCGGUGCACCGCCGCAUCCCCAAUUUCAAGGGGUCUCACCAGGCUUGCUGCUCUAUUAGGGAGCUGGAUAUGUUCAUCAGAGCACGUGAGAUUAAAGUAGAUCCUGACAAACCUCUUGAAGGUGUUCGGCUAGCUGCGCUGCAGGCACGGAAGACUUUGUUGGUUCCCAUGCCACGUCUGAGAAGUGGACUGUUCAAUAAGAUUGUUCCACCUCUAGGUGCAACUAAGGAGAUCCUGCGAAUAUGUGCUACAUCUCAAGGUAUAAAAGACUACAGUGUGCCUGUAGGUCUUGAAGGGAAAGCACAAGUGGACUUGGUUGUUGUAGGAUCAGUGGCUGUCUCUGAAAAAGGCUGGAGAAUUGGAAAAGGGGAAGGUUAUGCAGACAUGGAGUAUGCAAUGAUGGUGUCAAUGGGUGCGGUGCAGGAGGAUACACCUGUAGUUACUAUUGUGCAUGACUGUCAGGUGGUCGACAUAGCAGAAGAACUUCUUGGGGAUCAUGAUUUAACUGUGGAUUAUAUACUCACUCCAACAAGAACUAUAAAAACCAACUGCAAACGACCAAAGCCUCGGGAAAUAAUAUGGCAUAAGGUCACCUCUGAGAUGCUGGGAAAAAUCCCUAUCCUAAGGAGUCUUCACUACAAGGAGAAGCAGGCUGGCAAGGACGUGACCCUCCAAGAUGCACAUUCAGACUUGGCAAAUACCAAAAAAACAGCAGCAUUAAAUCAGAGGGCGACGGCUGAAAAUAUAAGACCCCAGGCUGCUAUGGGCUCAGCUGAAAUAGGAAAACACUGUGUUGAAGGUGAUUCUUUAAGUCCCAGAUUAGAUGGAUCUGACAGGAUUACUACCGUGUACCUGGGGAACAUAUCUCCCAGCGUAAGAGUGAGCGAGCUGAAAUGUGCUUUAAGGGAAUUCCAUGUAACUCCUUUACGACUGAAUUGGCAAGGAGCACAGCACAGGGCUUUUCUCGAUUACAAGGAUAAACCAACCGCAGAGAGUGCUGUAGCCUCUUUGAAAGGCUUGAGCCUCGGGGGUUAUCCUUUGCGAGUUGAGCUGGCCAAAAAUCAGAGAAGCAAAGGGCAAGUAGAAAUCAAUAGUCAGAAAUGAAUAUGAAGGGGGGGAGG